AUGUAUAACAAUAGCAGCAAAAUUUUGAAUAUCGGAGCAACUGUUGCUCAGGAUAAUUCAAUUAUAAAAAACGAAUUUUAUACAUACACGCCGUAUACCAAUUCUUUCAAUGAAUCAGAAGAGAUUCGUAUUGCAAUCCAGAAUCAAGACUCAUGUUUACUACCAUGUGAUUCAUAUCUCUACAUGCAAGUUACUGUAAAAACUGAAAAUAAUGACGAUGCUUCUGCUGACAAAGUGAAAUUUGUACACAACUUUCCAUCGUUUUUAUUCAGCGAUGCUCGUUACGAAUUGAAUGGUGUUGAAAUUGACCGUAUAAGAAAUGUUGGAAUAACAUCAACACUGAAAUUAUCUGCAGCUUCAUGUCCAUCAAAUACACUUGGAUAUUAUCAUUUCAAUAAAGCAUUCAGUGAUAAAGUAGCACAAAGUAGAUAUAGCACAUUGGUUUAUGAUGUAAUGAUACCGUUGAAAAUUUGGUUUGGAUUUUGUGAUGAUUAUAAAAAACUCAUUUUGAAUAGUCGACAUGAGUUAAUAUUGACGCGAGCGCGAAAUAGCAUGAAUUGUGUUUGGGGUGGAAAAACUGAUGCUGGUUCUACCGAUGUAAAGAUUGAGGUUUCUAAACUAGAAUGGAAGAUGCCAUACAUUACAUUAGCAGACAGAGUAAAAAUGGAUAUGAAUAAGUUUCUGGUUAAGAAUAAAAGAUUUGCCAUACAACAUCGAUCAUGGGAUUUGUAUGAGUAUCCAGAGCUCCCUCAAACAAUGAAUCAUGUUUGGUCAGUUAAAGCAGUUUCACAUUUGAAUAAACCGAGAUAUGUUUUAGUUGCAUUUCAACAUGAUAAAAAAGAUAAUAAAAUUGCUGAUGCAUCAAAGUUCAACUCAUUGAAAAUAAACAGUGUACGUUUACAUCUGAAUUCACAAGUAUAUCCAUAUCAUAUGCAUGAAUUUGAUAUAGGAGCAGGAAGGUUUUCAGAGUUAUAUGAGGCUUAUGCUAAUAUUCAAUCAUCAUAUUAUAACGGUGCGGAAAAUAGAAAUCAGUUUGCAAUCGAUUUUGCUAAAUUCCAGACAAAUGGAAUGUUUGCAUUUGAUGUUUCACGAUCGGAUGAAUCAGUCAAAAAUGGUGCGGUUGAUAUUAGAUUGGAAAUAAAAGCAAGUGAAAAUAUACCCGCUAAAUGUACCGCUUAUUGUCUUAUUAUAUACGACAAUGAGUUUGUAUAUUCUCCUUUAGAUGGAAUUGUUGAAAGAAGUGUGUAA